AUGAAGCACUCUCUUGUCGCCUCGACCGACCGUAACGGAAAUUCCGUCGUAGGAUCGAACCCCGAGGCGCUGCGCGCCGAGCUCGCGGGAUGGCUGCAGGAUCGGAUCGUGCAGGCGGAGUCGCAAUUCCGCUGCGGGCUGUCCGUCGCGCCAUGGCAUUCGCAUGACAAGACGGGGAGCGCCACGGCGCGGGGGACAAACAGGGUUACCGGCGCUACCAACGCUACCAGCAGCGUUACUGCUGGCAGCGGCGGCGGUAGCAGGAGGAAGGUGGAGGGUUGGCGGGAGCAGCAGCAGGCGCUGCACCGCAUUGUCGAUUUUUGGAGACGAGCCGUGCAUCUGUACGGCAGCUACAAGCUGUGCCAGCUGCGCGUGCGCGUAAGCAGGCUGAGUGAGGAGCAGCGGCGGGCGGCGUGGGAGGAGCAGCACGAGCGGGGUGCGGAGAUACUUCACUCGCUCUGCACCGAAAUGCAGGGCUUCUUCCUCAAGGCAGGGCAGUUCCUAGCCAAGCCAGACAUGUCCCCCCCUGCAUGGGUGCGUCGCCUCGCCCCCCUCCAUGACAGUGCGCCCGCAGACCCCUUCCCUCUCGUCCGACGCACCGUCGAGGCUGAGCUGGCACGUGCUGACGUGGCAGGGAGUGACGUGGCAAGCGCUGCUGACGUGGCACGGGUGCGGCUGGAAGACGUGUUUGCGGAGUUUGAGGAAGAGCCUGUUGGGUCUGCGUCCAUUGCCCAGGUGCACAGGGGCAGGUUGAAGGAUGGGCGCCGUGUUGCCAUCAAGGUGCAGCGCGCGGGGGCAGAGCGGCUGAUGCUCAUGGACCUGGCAAAUCUGCGUCUCUUUGGCGCCUUCCUGCAGCGCGCCGAGCUCAAAGUGGACCUGCUGGGUCCCAUUUCUGAGCUGGAGCAGCAGAUCCGGUACGAGUUUGACUUUGAGCACGAGGCAGCAGCCAUGGAGCGCAUCAGACACGCCCUGGCACAGCGGGACGGGGGCGAGACGGCAGGGGGUAGGUGGGAGAGGCAUGGGGGGAUGCGGAGCAGCAGGCGCAUAGGCAGACAUGGUGUGGGUCGUGGAGGGAUUAGCAGGGCGAAUAGGGUGGAGAGGGUGGAGAGGGUGGAGACGUUGGGGAGGGUGGAGCAUGCGGGGAAGAAGGCAAGGCCUGAGGAUCGACAAGGGGCACAUGUCAUUGUGCAAGGCGGGGCUGAAGGUGGUGGGCGGAGUGCGGAGAUGGACACACGGGCGUCACCUGUCAUCGUUCCAGCAGCCAUACCAGGCCUUGUCACCAGGGGCCUAUUGGUAAUGGACUUCAUAGAUGGCACGCCCAUCCUGAGGCUGCCUGAGGAGAUGCGCAGGCGAGGCAUCAGCCCCAGUGGCGCACUGGCAACGCAGACCAAGAGUCGCAUAUUCUCAGCGCUAUCCACGGCGUAUGGCCGCAUGCUGCUGCAGCACGGGCACUUUCAGGCGGACCCCCAUCCAGGAAACAUCCUCGUGUGCGCGGGGGGCAGGGUGGCUCUGUUAGAUUAUGGGCAGACCAAGCAGCUUCCCGAAGCGUUGAGGCUCAAUCUGGCUCGCUUGGUGGUGGCAAUAGCCGAUGAGGACAUGCUGGCUGUGGGUUCGUGCUUCACGGCCAUGGGGAUAGAGACGGCCAAGACAGCCGGGGAGCACCCCAACAGCUUCCGCCGCAUGGCCAUGAUCAUGUUUGAUACCGGCUCUGGUAACGGAGUUACCAGUGCCAACCCGUUCGGGGCGGAGAGCUCACUCAAGAGCAAUGCCAUGAAGGCUUUCCCAGCAGACAUCUUCUUUAUAGUGCGCACCAUGAUGCUGCUCAAGGGCCUGGCAACUGGCAUGGGUCUGUCAUUCCCUUCCAUGACCGCUUUCCUUCCCAUCCCUCGUCAUUCCGCCCACCCCCACCAGAUCCUGAUGGUCGAUUUCGACUUCUAUGACGCCCAGCCGUCGGAUUACCACGGCGUGAAGGCGCUUCUGCGAACCUUCCUGGACGGCAAGCGGUGGGACCUGCCGGCCUUUGUGGACGCGGUCACCUCGGGAACUCCGGGAGGAGGCGCAGCCGGGGAAGGGGACGCUGCUGGCAGUGGUGGGGGUGGGGGUGGGAGUGGGAGUGGGAGUGGGAGUGUGGCAACGGUGGUGAAAGCAGGGGAUGAGGGGAGCAUUCUGGGGCUCUCUGCUUGCCUGCCGUUGAUCUGCAAGUCCAAGGGGUGGACGGCGGAUUUUGUCCGGUUCCUGCAUGAGGGGUGUGACAACAGGGCACAGUGGGACGAGCUGUGGAAGGUGAUGCAGAGGGGGCGUGUGGGUGUGGUGGUGUGCGAGCGUGUGGCCAACCUGCCCUUCCAACUCGUGCCACACCUCUUCAGAAGCACACUGCAGCCCAUGCUGGAGAAGGGAGCACCGGUGGAGAAGUUCCUGAUUCUCACGCGCAUGUACCGCCAGACAGGCGGCAAGGUAAUGGCUGCGGCAAGGAAGCAGGCCAAGGGAGCGGGGAGCAGCGCCUCAGAGCUGUUCUUUCCCAAGCCAGAGGACGAGCUGCUCAAGAAGCUCGCCACAUCAUCAUAUUCCUUCCCAGUCCAUGCUGACGUCAUGGCCUCCAGACAGCUGAAGGGCUUUCAACACCUUCGCCUAGUGAUGCUCCUUUCAGCAGCACAAGUGCGCAACUUCCUAGAGCAACCGUUCCCUCUUAACGACCUACCUGACGAUGUCUUAGCUCGCGUUCUACACUACGUCACGCGCCGCUCCUUCGACCACGCCUUAGUUUGCAAGCGCUGCCGUUGCUUCCACCAUCUCCCGCCGUCCAUCGGCGAUCUGCCCGCGCUGGAGCACCUCGAGAUCAACGCGUUCGACCUCUUGAUGCUUCCCGAAACCCUAGGCCGCGUGGGAACCCUCCGAGUGCUCAAACUGGAAUCGGAGCGCCUCACAUGCCUCCCGGAUUCCCUAGGCGGGUUAUCCAAUCUCGAGGAACUCCAUCUGUCGCAGUGCGCUGCGCUGACCGCCCUCCCGGAUUCGCUCGCCGAGCUUUCCCGCCUCUCCCGCCUCCGCCUGAGCGACUGUAGCACGCUACAGCUUCUUCCGGCCGGCACAGCGCAGCUGACAGCCCUAGUAACCCUAGAAGUUGUCCGAUGCGAGAGGCUAGCGAGUCUGCCCGAAGACAUAGGGUGUCUGGUGAGGCUUGAGAGUAUGGAGUUAAAGCAGCUGCCGAGUCUGGUAGGGUUACCAGAGUCGAUAGGGCACCUGGGGGGUCUGCGAGUGUUGGAGGUGGAGGGGUGCGAUGCGUUGCGGGAGGUGCCUGAGUCCUGGGCGCAUCUGUCGGGGCUGGAGCGGCUGUGCGUGAAUGGCGCCCGGCAUUUGACCACCCUGCCGCCCUUCCGCGUUGCGUCCUCUGCGUUGGGUCUUGGUGGCGGGAACGCUGGCGGGUUGAGGGCGGGAGGUUCGGGUGGAUUCGGUUGGUUGGAGCGGCGUGAGCGGCAUAGGUCACUGGAUGAGCUGUCUCUUGAAGAUGCUUCGACUUCUGCAGGUGCUGCUGCUGAUGCUCAUGCUGAUGCUGCUCAUGCAUCAGCUGUCAGCACGCUGUUUGGCCUUACUGCGCCCGCAGCCCCCAACACCAAUACACCCAGCAACACAACCAGGUCACCUUCUUAUGCUGCUGCUGCUGCUGCUGCUGCUGCUGCUGCUGCCGCCGCUGCUGCUGCUGCUGCGCCAGGGCCGUACUCUUUCCACGACCCACCCCUCCCUCUCACCAACCCUCCACACCUCUCCGCCACCCUUUCCUCUCUCCGUUUCCUGGAAAUUUCCGACUGUGCUUCGCUCAUUUCCCUGCCCGAAGACCUCGGGCAGCUUCCUGCCCUUGACACGCUGCUCCUGCUCAAGCUCCCGUCCCUCGAACGCCUGCCCGACUCUCUCGGGCAGCUGCCCGCGCUGAAAGUUUUUGGCCUAUCGCUCUGCCCGCGCCUGGAAGAGCUGCCCGUUUCCAUGGCGAACCUGCCCGUGCUACAGUGCCUGGUGAUACACGACUGCUGGCGAUUGGCUUCCCUCCCCCCCAACGCCCUGAAGCAGUGGGAAACCCUAACGGAGCUGAUUGUAGCGGAUUGCCCUGCUCUAGACGACCUUGGGUUUGGGCUGGAGGGAGCAGAGGGGGAGAGGGAGGGGGGGAGGAAGAGGCGGAGGUGGGCUGGUGCGGGAUGGAGGAGAGUGAGAGGGGGAGGGAUGGAGGGAGCGGGGCGAGGGGAGGGGAGUGGGAUGGGGAGGAGGAGGGUGGGGAAAGCAGCGAUAGAUGAUGAUGACGAUGAAUUUGAGGGAGAUUCUUCAGACGAGGAGGAUGACGAGAGUUACGUGAGUGACGAGGAGGAAGAGGAGGAGAGUGAGACUGAUGAUGGGGAUGAGGACGAGGGCAAUGGAUCAGAGGACGAAGAGGAGACAUGGGACGAUGACUCUCCCGUGCACUUCCCCUUCCCUACCACCACAUCCACAUCCACAUCCACAGCCACCGCAUCGUCCUUGCGACCCCCACACAUCGCAUCAUCUUCCGCAUCACCAUCAGCAGCAGCAUCGUUCAGGCCGGCACGGCAUCUGCACCACUACGAGAGGGUGCUCUCGCGCCUCUCCCACCUGCAUUACCUCGAGGGAUGGCUGUCCGGCAGCCCGCCUCUGCUCGCCUACUUUGAAAACUCCUUCCCCCACGGCCUCUACUCCUCCCUGCGCCUCUCUGCCGCUCCUGGGCCGUCCCCUGCGUCCUUCAAUCUUCCUCCUCCGUCGUCCAGCCCGUCAGCUGCUUGCAACCCUCUGCUGUCUGGCAUCCCCCCACCUCCGCCUGCCUCUGCUUCGCUUGGUGCUGGGAAUUUCGUGCCUGCAUUUGUCUCGCCAGCAGUCACUCCUCUAGCAGCCACGUCAGCAGCAGCCACAUCGGCAGCAGCAGCACCUACCACUGCACCGCCACCACCGCCACCGCCGCCACCACCACCACCAGCAGCAAGGGCUCUUGUUGCAGCAUCCACUAGCAGCGCUACCCCCAUCAGCAGUUUCUUUUCCUUCAGUGCGGCCUUUGGCCUGGGUGGAAGCAGGUUCGGCACAGAUGGUGCAGCUAGCACAGCAGCAGGUGGCAGCGGCGCUGCAGCAGGUGGAGGAGGAGCAAAGGAUCAAGGCAGAAGCAGUGCUCUCAGCAGCACUCCCAGUAGCAGCAGUGCGUUCGGCAGUGCUCCCAGCAGCUGCGCUCCCAGCAGCAAUGCUCCGGCUGAAUCAAACCCGAAUCCCUUCACAGAAACCAGACCUGCCACCACCACAGCUACCACCACCACUGCUGUGAAUUCUAGCAUCCCCGUUCCGUCUCUCACCACCACAGCUACCACCACCACUACUGCUACUGCCACUGCGACUGCCACCCCCACCGCGACACCCACAGCCACCACCACCGCCACUACUGCCGCUGGGGCAGCUACUAGAACCACCAACCGAGUCUUGGGCGGCGCACUCCCCCGUCUGCACAUUCUCGUGGUGGACGGCUGCGGUUUGGACUAUCUGCCGCCCGGUCUGCUGCAGCUGCCCGAGGUGAAGGCGAUUGGAUUCUGCGGGCGGCACGGCGUGGGGUUUAGGGACAAGCAGGCGCCAGGGAGGGAGGGGUUUUCCCAUCACGCGUCUUACCGUGCCGCUCAACUCCUGAUUUACAGCACCGCAAACCCCUUCAGAGCAGCCGCUGAUUGGUCCGCACUUGAUGGUAGCUCAUCCCAGGCCUGCUCUAUCGGCGCCUAUAAACGAAGUCCUGAUCUGUUCCGUGGAAUAAAGGAGAGUCCUGACCUGUUCCGUGGAAUAAAGGUGGCGAGGCUGCUGGUAGCAGCGCCCUUCCUGCUGGCGUUCCUACUCGCCUCGCUCACCUCCCCGGUGCUCAUACCCGUCUUCCUCCUAGCCGCUGUGGCCGUGCUCUUUGCCUCCCUGCUCGCCUCCUGGGUGCGGUCCAGGGAUGAUGGAGGGAACACCCUCAGACAGGUGACAGCAGCGGUCCAAAGGGGAGCGUCCACGCUGCGAGCAGCCGUAACAGCGGCAGCAGCCAAGGCGGUGCUAGUGGCCACCAUGCUGGUGGCGCUCAUCCACCUCUCCCACCAGCUCUCACCUCAGCAGGAGGCCACCGGGGUGCACCGCUCCCUGCUCGCCUUUGUCUCGCUGCUCUCCUUCCUCCUGGGAGGCUCCUGCAUGGCUCUUGCAGCGCAUGCUGCAGUGUGGGUGUCCGUGCCUGCUGCUGCCAGGAUUGCUGCUGCUGCCAGGCGAUCCCCCCAAGAGGCCCUUCAGGUUGCAAUCCGAGCAGCGGGAGCAGCAGCGCUGGUGGUGGCAGCAGUGCCGGUGGUGGGGCUGGGCAUCAACUACAGCGCCCUGCUCGCCUUCUUCCACAUGCACCUCGCCCCGCUCCCCGCCUCCCUCACUGCACAAAAACGAAGAGGCCUCUCCGCCACUGCUGCCUCGGCCGCUACUGCGGGUUCAGCUAUGGCUUCAGCAGGCCUUAAGCCCACUGAUUGUAAGCAAGCAGUGAAAAGCCGAAAAUAUUACGCAACUUCACUCUCUUACCUCAUCUUGAUUCUGCCUCUUAUCCUCUCCUCCGUACCUCACCUUCCCUCCAUCCUCCCCCUACUCACCCCUCCCACCGCAGUGCCGGCAUUGCUUGUCUGCUUCUGUUUCGGGGCGGCAGUGGUGUCUCUCUUCUACCACCUCCCGCCAUCCAUCUUCUCCCGCUCCCUGGCUCUGGGCCACAAGCUUAUAUCGAGGAUGGACAGAAGCGCAUCUGAGGCGGCAGGAGGGGGCGCCAAUGUUGUUGCUGUUGCUGACAUGGUGGGGGUGGGCAUGGCGAGGGGGGCAGCGAGGGCGUGUGAGGCGUUCUGCCUGGCUGCAGCGGAGGCAGUGGCAUCGAUGGUGCUGGGGGCGCAUGUGGCGCAGCACUGCGCCAUCGACAACCCAACAGGGUUCAUCCUUCUGCCCCUCGUGGUGCUCUCUCUCGACCUCCUCACAUCAGCCGCAGCCAUACUCUCCGUCUCUGCUGCUGCUGGCUCCUCCCGCCUCCCUCACUCUCUCCCCAUCGACUCCUCUUCCUCUUACUCCUCCUCCUCCCCCUUCUCCUCGCACUCGCCGCUCUUCCGCUCCUCUCCCCGCUCGCCCAUGGUGCGGGGAUCAGUGCUGCCCACAGCAGCAGAGGAGGUGGUGGGGUGUGUAUUCAACGGAUACGCGCUCUCGCUUGUGCUCGCUGUCUCAUCAUUCGCCCUGGCGACCAGGUGGUUGCUAUUCACGGAGCAGGCCCCUCUAGCCUGGCUGCACUUCUUCUUCUGCGCCCUCCUCGGAAUGCUCUCCUCCAUCCUCCUCCUCCUCUCCUCCUCCCUCCUCUCCGCCCCGCACCUCCCCCCCGUCCGCUCCCUCGCAAUCGCCUCCUCCUCCGGCCACGCAUCCAACAUCUCCUCCGGCCUCGCCCUCGGGAUUGCCGCCGCCGCGCCGCCAGCUGUCAUCGUGGGAUUGGCCGUGGCGGCGGCGGUGUGGCUGGGGCGGAAUUCGGGGCUGGUGGAUGGAAAGGGGGAGCCGGCAGGGGGGCUGCUGGGCCUGGCUGUGGCGGUGAUGGGCAUGCUCAGCAGCGGGUGCUUCUCCCUCACCACGGAUCUGUUUCAGCUGGCUGUUUCGCAUGCCGGCCUGCUGUGUAAAAUGAUGGCACAGCACCAGAAGCAGCAGCAGCAGGGGCAGAUGCAGCAGAUGCAGGAGAUGCAGCAGAUGCAGCAGAUGCAGGAGUUCAGUCUCGGCCCGGCAGCACAUGAUGUCAUGCAGGACGCACAUGGCAUGGCAGCACACAGCAUGGCAUCACAUGGCAUGGACGCACAUGGCAUGGCAGGUCACAGCAUGGCAUCACAUGGCAUGGAUGCAUACGGCAUGGGCAUGCAAGACGGAGGCAGCAUGUCUUCAGACCAUAUGGCAGCAGCAGGAGGAUCACCGCAUCUGUUGCAACAACAAGUAUCCUCAGACGCAGCUGCAGCAACGGGAGGGGUAGGUGGAGGGGUAGCGACAGGAGAGAUGGCAGCAGGAGGGUUUGCAGCAGCAGGCAGCACAGGGGACUCCUCAUCCUCGUUACAGUCGUCUUCGUUACAAUCCUCCGCGCUUCCUCCCCACGCUCCCUCAUCUUCAGCAUCAGCAUCGCCAGCAGCGGCGGCCGCGGCAGCAGCGGCAGCGGCUGUGGUACGGACGCCAGUCAGUCCCUUGGAGGCAGCAGCAUCAGCUGUGGCGUCGGCUACUCGGGGCAUGGGGUGUGGUGCCUCCUCGCUCUGCUCUCUGCUGCUUGUGCACGCCUUUGUGGCCCUUGUCUCCUCUUACUCCACCACACCACUGCACAAUAUUGACCUGCUGCGGCCAGAGCUGCUAGUGGCAUGCAUGGUGGGGGCGGCAGUGGUGGUGGGAGGCGUAGCGAUGGCAGGUUCUGGGGUGACGCGGUGCACGGCCAUUGUUGUGCGAGAGGGACGCAGACACCUGCACCACCGAGCCGAGGAGAAGGCAUACCCGAGGGCGCCCAUGGUACUGGAUGACCCAUCUCGCUUCGUGGGUGCAGUGGCGGCUGUGAGCCUCAGGGAGCUGCUGCUGCCAGGCCUGCUCGCUGUCGCUGCUCCAAUCGCCAUGGGCAUCAUAGUGCGGUCAGUAGGCAAAGCCACCCUCCAGCCUCUCUUGGGAGCACGGGCGGUGGCGGCGCUGCUUCUAGUCGCGGUGCUGGUGACGCUGCUCCUGGCAGCGCUCUUCAACGGGGCUGGCAGUGCGUGGAGGGGCGCCAGGGAUGUGGUGGAAGCAGGGCACUUGGGAGGGCCGGGGAGUGAAGCACACAAAGCCACCAUCACUGGCGACAC